AUGAAUAAGCGCUCUAUUAGAUGGUCUCGGAUAGCUCUCAUAAGCGUCUCUGAGAUGCAGUGUGGGAAGAGCUUCAAGUUCCAGAGUGUGCUCAAAAGACACCAGCGCAUUCACACAGUAGAGAAACCGUAUCAGUGCGCACAGUGUGUGAAGAGUUUUAAUACACAGAGUAAACUUGAAGUACACCAGCACAUUCACACUGGAGAGAAACCGUAUCAGUGCUCACAGUGUGGAAAGCAUUUUAAUAGACAGAGUCAUCUCAAAAGACACCAGCGCAUUCACACUGGGGAGAAACCGUAUCAGUGUUCACAGUGUGGAAAGAGUUUUAAUAUACAGAGUAAUCUCAAAAAACACCAGCACAUUCACACUGGAGAGAAACCGUAUCAGUGCUCACAUUGUGGAAAGAGUUUUAAUAGACAGAGUCAUCUCAAAACACACCAGCACAUUCACACUGGAGAGAAACCGUAUCAGUGCUCACAGUGUGGAAAGCAUUUUAAUAGACAGAGUCAUCUCAAAAGACACCAGCGCAUUCACACUGGAGAGAAACCGUAUCAGUGCUCACAGUGUGGAAAGAGUUUUAAUGGACAGAGUUGUCUCAAAAGACACCAGCGCAUUCACACUGGAGAGAAACCGUAUCAGUGCUCACAGUGUGGAAAGAGUUUUAAUGGACAGAGUCAUCUCAAAAGACACCAGCGCAUUCACACUGGAGAAAAACUGUAUCAGUGCUCACAGUGUGGAAAGAGUUUUAAUGGACAGAGUGCUCUGAAGAGACACCAGCACAUUCACACUGGAGAGAAUCCAUAUCAGUGCUCACAGUGUGGAAAGAGUUUUAAUAGACAGACUAAUCUCAAAAUACACCAGCGCAUUCACACUGGAGUAAAACCAUAUCAGUGCUCACAGUGUGGAAAGAGUUUUAAUCGAAAGAGUGCUCUCAAUACACACAAGCGCAUUCACACUGGAGAGAAACCGUAUCAGUGCUCACAGUGUGGAAAGAGUUUUAAUGGACAGAGUGAUCUGAAAAGACACCAGCACAUUCACACUGGAGAGAAACCAUAUCAGUGCUCACAGUGUGGAAAGAGUUUUAAUCAACAGAGUGCUCUCAAAACACACAAGCGCAUUCACACUGGAGAGAAACCGUAUCAGUGCUCACAGUGUGGAAAGAGUUUUAAUGGACAGAGUGAUCUAAAAAGACACCAGAACAUUCACACGGGAGAGAAACCGUAUCAGUGCUCACAGUGUGGAAAGAGUUUUAAUAUACCGAGUCAUCUCAAAAUACAUCAGCGCAUUCACACUGGAGAGAAACCGUGUCAGUGCUCACAGUGUGGAAAGAGUUUUAUUACACAGAGUAAUCUCAAAAAACACCAGCGCAUUCACAUUUUACAGAAAUGAUGCUCACAGUGUUGGGGAGAAAUGUUUAGCAAUGAAUGAAUUAUACUGUGUAAUUAAUAGGUCAUUAAUUACACAGUAAACAUUAAUAAGUAAAUAGUAAUAAUAAAAGUAUAAAUCUUUAAGUUAAACUAUUACUGGGAAAUAAUGUGAUUAUCUAUAGUGGAGUGAAUGGUGGGUAGAACCAGGAGGUUUAGAGCCUGAUGUAAGUGAAUGCUAUCAGUUAAUAGUGAAAGUGAAUUUAAAAUAAAAGGUAUUGGAUCGGCUAGCAUAUAUUGGUCUUAGUGAUACUGUGCUUGAUUGGUUUUCUUCAUACAUUUCUAGACGUGUACAGUAGACGUAUUCACAGUAACUCUUGUUAUUAGUGGUGUCCCUCAGGGCUCUGUCUUGAGGCCUAUACUAUUUAUAAUUUACCUGCUUCCCAUUGGAUGUAUCUUUAGGAAAUACAACAUUCAAUUUUGUUGUUAUGCAGACGACACCGAGCUAUACCUGUCCACUGUGCUCACGGCUACUCUUCCUCCUCCAUCUCUCUCUCUGAUUGUCUAAUAGAAUU